GAGGCCGACAUCAAGUACGGUAUCACCGAUCACGAUGUUGCUGAGCGCCGCAAGCGUUUCGGCUGGAAUGAAAUCGUCACGGAGAAGACAAACAAAUUCCUUCAAUUCAUCAGCUACUUCCAAGGUCCCGUGCUCUACGUAAGUUGACCUGCUACUACUACUGACUGCCACCACUGUCACACAAAAACACCAAACUAAUCCAUGACGUUCAGGUCAUGGAAAUCGCCGUGCUUCUCGCCGCUGGUCUCCGCAGCUGGAUUGAUUUCGGUGUCAUCAUUGGUAUUCUCAUGCUCAACGCCAUCGUCGGUUGGUACCAGGAGAAGCAAGCUGCCGACAUUGUCGCCAGUCUGAAGGGUGACAUUGCCAUGCGUUGCUCCGUCGUUCGUGACGGUCGCGAACAGUCCAUUCUCGCCCGUGAGCUCGUUCCCGGUGACAUUGUCAUCAUUGAGGAGGGUGAGACUGUUCCCGCUGAUUGCCGUGUCAUCUGUGACUACACCAUUCCCGAGGACUUUGAGAAGUUCAAGCAGAUGAAGCUUGACGACAAGUUCAGCGACGACGACCCCGACCAGGCUGACGAGGACUACGACGAGGACAAGGCCCCCAAGCUUGGUCACUCCAUCAUUGCCGUCGAUCAGUCCGCCAUCACUGGUGAGUCGCUCGCCGUCGACAAGUACAUGGGAGACGUCAUCUACUACACCACCGGUUGCAAGCGCGGCAAGAUCUACGCCGUUGCCAUGACCUCCGCAAAGCACUCCUUCGUCGGUAAGACUGCCACUCUCGUCCAGGGCGCCAAGGACCAAGGUCACUUCAAGGCCAUCAUGAACUCCAUUGGUACGGCGCUUCUCGUCCUCGUCGUCUUCUGGAUUCUCGUCGCCUGGAUCGGUGGUUUCUUCCGCCACUUGAAGAUUGCCACUCCCGAGGACAGCUCCAACAACCUUCUGCACUACGCCUUGAUUCUUCUCAUUAUCGGUGUGCCAGUCGGUCUGCCCGUCGUUACCACUACCACUCUCGCCGUCGGUGCUGCUUACCUCGCCAAGCAGAAGGCUAUCGUCCAGAAGCUCACUGCCAUUGAGUCACUCGCCGGUGUCGACAUUCUCUGCUCCGACAAGACCGGUACCUUGACUGCCAACCAGCUCUCCAUUCGUGAGCCUUUCGUCGCCGAAGGCCAGGAUGUCAACUGGAUGAUGGCCUGCGCCGCUCUCGCUUCGUCGCACAACCUCAAGUCCCUCGACCCAAUCGACAAAAUCACCAUCCUCACUCUCAAGCGUUACCCCAAGUCGCGUGAAAUCCUCAGCGCCAACUGGAGAACCGAGCGUUUCACUCCUUUCGACCCGGUCUCCAAGCGCAUUACUGCUGUUGUCUGGCUCGAUGGUGACAAGUACACCUGCGCCAAGGGUGCUCCCAAGGCUAUCCUCAACCUCGCCAACCCCGACAAGGAGACUGCCGACCUGUUCAAGGCUCGCACCGCCGAGUUUGCCCGCCGUGGUUUCCGUUCGCUCGGUGUUGCCUACCAGAAGAAUGACGGCGACUGGAUCCUCCUCGGUCUCCUCUCCCUCUUCGACCCGCCGCGUGACGACACGGCCACGACGAUCGUUCAGGCCCAACAACUUGGUGUUCCCGUUAAGAUGUUGACUGGUGAUGCGAUUGCCAUUGCAAAGGAAACAUGCAAGAUGCUGGCUAUGGGUACCAAGGUCUACAACUCUGAAAGACUCAUUCACGGCGGUCUCUCCGGAACCACCCAGCACGAUCUCGUCGAGCGUGCCGAUGGUUUCGCCGAGGUUUUCCCCGAGCACAAGUACCAGGUCGUCGAGAUGCUGCAACAGCGUGGCCAUCUGACUGCCAUGACUGGUGACGGUGUGAAUGACGCUCCCUCGUUGAAGAAGGCUGACUGUGGUAUUGCCGUCGAGGGUGCCACUGAAGCUGCCCAGGCUGCCGCUGAUAUCGUCCUUCUCGCCCCCGGUCUCUCCACCAUCGUCCUGGCCAUCAAGACUGCUCGCCAGAUCUUCCAGCGUAUGAAGGCCUACAUCCAGUACCGUAUCGCUCUCUGUCUCCAUCUCGAGAUCUACCUCGUCACCUCCAUGAUCAUCAUCAACGAGACUGUCCGCUCCGAGCUCAUUGUCUUUAUCGCUCUGUUUGCCGAUUUGGCUACCGUUGCUGUCGCUUACGACAACGCCUGGUCUGAUGAACGUCCCGUCGAGUGGCAAUUGCCCAAGAUCUGGAUCAUCUCCGUCAUUCUCGGUAUAAUGCUUGCCGCGGCUACAUGGAUCCUCCGUGCAACCAUGUUCCUCAACAACGGCGGUAUCAUCCAGAACUUUGGAAAUGUUCAGGAGAUUCUCUUCCUCGAGAUUGCCCUGACUGAGAACUGGCUCAUCUUUGUUACUCGAGGUGGCAAGACUUGGCCGUCGUGGCAGCUUGUUGGUGCCAUUCUCGGUGUCGACGCGCUCGCGACCAUCUUCUGUAUCUUUGGCUGGUUGUCCGGUGACCCACUUGAGCAGAUGUCCAGCCCCCGCACUGGCUUCAACCAACGCCGUGACGGCUGGGUCGACGUUGUUACUGUCGUUGUUGUCUGGUGCUACUCCAUUGGUGUUACCAUUGUCAUCGCCAUUGUCUACUUCCUGCUCAACCAGAUCCCAUGGUUGAGCGACCUGGGCCGCAAGGACCGCUCUCGCAAGGACCCGCAAGUCGAGAACAUUCUCGCCUCCCUUGGCAAGCUUGCUCUCGAGCACGAGGUGGACGCCAACGGCAAGUCGAGAUACGUCCUCGCUGCCAAGGGCGUCGUCGACGAGGAUGACGAAUAGAAGAGAACCAAUGUUAUUUGUAUUACAAAUCCGAAUCGUAUGGUAGAUUAGGGAACACGGGUGUUGUGUGCGUGUGUGUGUGUGUGUGGAUACGCAUUACCUUUUUUUCCCCAAACAUGUUGUUGAUAGUUCAAGAAUCUUCCGAACAUACCCCCCCGCAACCCACCCACGCAAGAUCGACCAUGCCGGGCCGGAAAGCAUAGCGAUUCAU